GUCUCAUUGGUUGCCCUCGAAUGCGGCCUCUGGCCCCACCCCUCGGCGGCGCGGGGCUCGUUGUUAUGACGACACGGCCGUAAAGCCGCCAUCUUGAUGGUUGCGGCGCCUUGCGACACGGAGGCCGCGAUGGCAACGGGCGCUGGGCCGGCGGGGCUUACGGCAGCUGGGCCGCGGGGACGGGUGCGCGCGGUUGAGGCGGCCUCCGUCGCGAAUCCGGCGCCCGCCGCAUUCCUCGGCCUCCCGGCGCCCUUCGGGGAAGAAGAUGAAGAUGACAGACACAAGUGUGGCCGUUGCCAGUCCGAGUUCACCUCUUUGGAAGAAUUUGUACAGCACAAGUUGCAAAAGCUUUGCCAGAGACAGCAAGACACUACAGCACUGGCAGCCCCGCAGGUCAUUUCAUCUGUUGAAGAGCCUAUAACUGUUGCUCAUAUCGUUGUUGAAGCUUCUCCAAUAACUGAAGAAAUCAACCACGCAUCUGCGAUACUAGGUAGUGGGCGCUUCAAAGAAGUCAUUGUAGCUGGAGACCAUGUGUUUGAAAACCCAAAUGGCCACAUUGAUUGUGAUGUUGGAGAGGGGCAGGGCAGUCCCGGAUGCCCUGAAGAAGAAGGGGCUUCCAUGGAACUCAUCAAAGUUAAACUGCUGGUUAAUACAGAUGGCCGCUAUGUGUGUGAACUGUGCCACAAGACGUUUAAAACAGCCAGCAUCCUCAAGGCUCACAUGAUCACUCACAGCAGCAGGAAGGACUAUGAGUGUAAAUUAUGUGGGACAUCUUUCAGGACCAAGGGUUCACUGAUCAGACACCAUCGCCGUCAUACAGAUGAGCGUCCUUAUAAGUGCAAGAAAUGUGGAAAAAGCUUCCGAGAGUCAGGAGCCUUGACUCGGCACCUGAAAUCCUUAACUCCCUGCACAGAGAAAAUCCGCUUCAAUAUGAACAAGGAAAUAGUUGCUAGCAAAGAGGAUCUGGCCCCAGAGUCCAACAACUCCAACGUAGAGGCUGUUCCUUCGCUAAUGGCUCAGUCUGUGGAGUCCCCUCCUGUGAUCCAUCUAGUGACAGAUGCAAAAGGGAAUGUCCUUCAUGAAGUCCACGUCCAGAUGCAGGAGCUUCCAAUUGUGGAGGAAAAAUUGUUGGGCCAAGAGCCAUCGAAUCCCGAGGAUCUGCCCCAUGAUGGAGACAACAAUGAGAACUUGCUGAGGGAAGCCAUGAGGAAUUCUGGGAUUGUGAUAGAACGGGCGCCUGUGGAGGAAGGGAACAAAUCGGAUGAAGCAGGGGCGGCGGCUGUAGAAGAGGACUUAAAGAACAGAGAGGCGGAGGUGCCGGAGAAGUUGGGUGAGGAGCAGUACGUGGAGAUUGAGCAAGUAGAAACGCCAGAUGCAGAAGCGACAGAGGAAUGUGCGCGACACGUUUGUCCCUACUGCAGUGAAGUCUUCCGGGAGCAUCGUUCCCUCGACCUGCAUGUCAGCGGACAUCUAGACUACAAACCUUUUACAUGUGAGGAGUGCGGCAAAGAAUUCACGAAGGGCUACUUGCUGAAAAAGCAUCAGGAAGUACACGUUAACGAGCGGCGGUUCCGUUGUGGGGAGUGUGGCAAGCUGUACAAGACGAUUGCACACGUGAAGGGGCACAGGAGGGUGCACUCUGACGAACGGCCCUAUCCUUGCCCCAAAUGCGGCAAAAGGUACAAGACAAAGAAUGCCCAGCAGGUCCAUUUCCGAACACAUCUGGAUGAGAAACCUUACAUCUGCAAGUACUGCAGCCAGGGAUUUCGGGAAAAGGGUUCUCUGGUGCGGCACAUCCGCCACCACACGGGUGAGAAGCCCUUCAAGUGCUACAAAUGUGGCCGUGGCUUUGCAGAGCAUGGCACCCUCAACAGGCACCUGAGGACCAAAGGUGGCUGCUUGCUUGCCUUGAAAGAAGCUGAAGAAGCGGCGGUGCCAGAGGAGGGUCAGUCCACUGACAACUUGGCUGCAGCAGUAAUUUCUGAAGACCCUCCGACAGUCCUGGUGGAAUUCUCUUCAGUGGUAGCUGAUACGCAAGAGUACAUCAUUGAGACAGCUACUGAAGAUAUGGAAACCACUGAAGCUGCUGAAAUAAUAGAAGGGACAAGGCACGAGGUCGAUAGUCACAUCAUGAAAGUUGUUCAGCAGAUAGUCAACCAAGCAAAUUCAGGUCAUCAGAUAAUUGUCCAGAAUGUCACUGUGGCAGAAAGUUCGGCGAUGACACCCGAUGGUACAGAUGCAGACACAAUUGCCAUAGCAACUCCGGAGAGUCUCACAGAGCAGGUUGCCAUGACGCUGGCUUCAGCCAUUGGUGAAGGAGCUGUGCUCACAACAGAGGGCAGCAGUGAGGCCGAGGAGGCCACGGUUACGAUGCUGGCGUCUGAAGACAUUGAAAUAAUGGAGCAUACGGGAGAGUUUGUGAUUGCCUCCCAGGAGGAGGAAGUGGAGAUUCAGACAGUUAUAGUCUAGGGCUGGACCACACAAUGCCAAGGGGGGAGAGAGCCAUAUCUGCACUCAGUCUCUGGAGGCUGCCACGUGUGUGGCCUUCAGCAUGCAUGUGGAAAAUGUCACUUGGGUCUAGACUAGCUGCACGCCUGCCAGGUGUAGUGUGAAGCACCCCUAAGACCAAAUUCAAAUACUAAUCCUCAUCAGGGAGGAUGGAUGGACGGGGGGGGGGUGCCUCUCGUGGUGCAAAGGGCCAGGCGAAUGUCUUUGUAGCACUGGUUGAAUCUGGGCAGGGAUUGAGCAAAGCACUUUAUAUGAGCUUAGGAGGAGGAGGAAAAAAUUUUGCAGGGAAAUUUAACUAUGCCGUGUAACAAGAAGCUCCUUUCUUGGGUGCCUACUUGUCUUUUACGUUAGUCUACAUAAAGCAUGGAAUGUAAGUUACUCAUAAUGAACAUGAACCUUACAGAAAGGUUUGAAAAUGCUUUACUAUAUAAUAUCACAGGUUAUUCUGAAUACCCUGGAACUGCUAUAUAAAAGGCCACGCUGUACAUUUUGUAACCAUAUAGCUUUUAAUUGCUUAUUGUGCAGGUUGUAAAUAAUGAUUUUGAAAUACAUAAUUUUCUACAUAAUUCUGAUGUAAUAAAAAGAAGGCUAUUACUGGCUUAAAGGUUUUUUUA